CGAACCGAGGUUUGCAAAUAUGGCGCAGGUUUCUACAAAAUGCAGUUCACAUAAUAAGUUUUAGUUGUCAUAUUCAAGUUGCAAGAAAAAAUUGAGAAAUGAAUUUUUAAUAACCCUUGUCUGCUUUAAUAAUUAAUAGUGCUAUACAGAACUGUUGAUGUGAAUUAUCGCUAUGUAGGGCACAAUUUUUGACGAACUAAAGCACGUGACUCGUUGGGAAAUUAUUGAUAUAAGUACUAUCACUCACCAGUUGUAAUAAAAAUCAAUAUGGGUAAACAAAAUAGUAAACUCAAGCCUGAGGUCCUCGAGGAUCUGAAACAAAACACGGAAUUUUCAGACGCAGAAAUACAGGAAUGGUACAAGGGAUUUCUGAAGGACUGUCCUAGUGGUCAUUUAUCUGUCGAGGAGUUUAAGAAAAUAUAUGGAAAUUUCUUUCCAUAUGGAGAUGCUAGCAAGUUUGCAGAACAUGUUUUUCGAACUUUUGAUGCGAACGGCGAUGGAACUAUAGAUUUCCGGGAAUUCCUAUGCGCCUUGAGUGUUACUUCACGAGGCAAGCUUGAACAAAAGUUGAAAUGGGCCUUUUCCAUGUACGACCUUGACGGGAAUGGUUAUAUAUCUCGACAGGAAAUGCUUGAAAUUGUUACGGCUAUCUACAAAAUGGUAGGUUCCGUAAUGAAGAUGCCCGAAGACGAAUCCACCCCGGAAAAGCGGACAGACAAAAUAUUCCGACAAAUGGAUAGAAAUAAGGACGGGAAACUAUCGUUGGAAGAGUUUAUCGAGGGUGCUAAGAGCGAUCCCUCUAUUGUACGACUUCUGCAAUGCGACCCCCAGUCGCAGUGAUACCUCAAAUAUUAAAGGCGCGCCGGCGUUGUCUCGGUCUUACGCUAGGCAAAUGUAUUGUAAAUUUUACCUGCUUCUAAGAGCUAGUGCGCGGCGUCGAACAUAUAAAAUCUCUUACGAUCAUUGUCCUGCUGCUUGGCUGUCGACUUUUUUUGUGUUCGUGGUUGAGACCGUAUCCAUAUCUUAGUUUAGGUGGCGGUGAACACUAUGGCCCGUAUUCCAAUUCUCGUAACCUGUGGGAAAAUAUGAUGUAUAAUAAAAUCCUUUAACAUGCAGAUCAUAAUUAGCGAUCUGACUUUGACCCAUAGAUCGGUAACUUAAUAGCAGUUAAAUGGAAAACUACGAGUCGUAUUCAAUCGUAUUUUGCAUAUAAUAAGCGGGCUUAUAUGCGGUUUCUGGUCCCCCAUACAAAUCAUAAUUCGUAUAUAUUGCUGUGAAAUCAAAAUAUUUUUUUUACCUACGAGGCGUAUUCUAUGGAAUAUAGGAUGGUUUCUAUAUACCGUAAUCGUAAACGUCUCAUUGUAAUACUUCAUAUACUUAGCUAUGAAAAGCUCGCAACGGUUUUAUGAAAAUACAAGUUUUACGUUUCGUAUUUUGUAUGAUACCGGACACUGCACGGGCCUAAGAGUUCACAGCCGGAUUCGGACACGAUGCAAGAGUAAUUAAAGUUUAUAUGGAUAGUUGUAAUGUACCUGAGAUGAGAAUUAACACCAAUAUGAAAAUCUAGUCCCUAAGGUAGUCCCAAUACAAGCUGAUCGCCGAUUUUGAUUUUUCUCGCGUUUUCGCGAAUGGCGACUUUGGGAUCAUAUUUGCUAGUUUCAGGGUUGGGUUUAAGCUCUUGUAUUGUAUCUGAAUCUUAUAUCAUUAUUAUUAUCAUUAAGUAUAAGUAUACAACCAGACAUCAGGACAAAGUCACUGUUAAGUGUUUUUCCCCAAUUAUGUAGUUAGUGAUGCCAUUUUGUCCACGAUUUAGCGGUCUAAAACUGGUUUUUUGCUCGCAAAUAUCUCACAUAUCGGUAUUUUACUAUCGACGACAUAUGUUUUAUCGAGUGCUUAUGCAAUGUAAUUGAAUUAGAAUGUAAGUUCUCUACGGAUCAGUUUCAAUUAAGAAUGUGUGCUUUUUUUUACCUCAUUGUAUAUAUUUUUAUUUAUUUCAUGUUAUUUGACUAAGACAAUAAAAAUUAUAUACACAAACUCCGGUUAUCAAAAUUGAAUACUGUAUGGGAAAUAUCCGAAAUAAUUAAUCGAAUGCGUUUAAGGAAUAACUGAUUAUAAUUUCAACAAAAUAGUUGCCGUCACAGAAAAUUAAUGAUGGCGUCCAUCUCGGGUUUACUUCCACGAAUAAAAAUAAAUUCACAAUUCAUAAUUUUCUUAUAGCUGAUAUAUAUUUAAUUCUAUGAAUUUUACGGUGUUUAUUCUUGAACUAGUAUAACGUAAUGUACCUGAAGAUGGCGCUUAAACAAUUCGGACAUAAUUAAAUAUUUUAGAACUUAGUUUUAAUCUUUUUGAAAUUUAAGCAUAAUCGUGAGUCAUUUGAGUAUUAUUCGUUUUGUAACAUUGGUGUUAGGAUUGCGUUUUUUUUAAGUGAGUCGGCGAUCGAACUGCGUUUGUGGUCUUGGAGGUCUUCCGUUCUUGACAAAGAUUAGAACAAAACAAAUCGAAUACUUUAGGUCCUUCCGUAAAACUAGUUUGCCUGAAAACCCGUUCAUCACACGAAUUAUAAAUUAUAACUUCCAAAAGAGAGUGAGCAAUUCCUUGGCCUUAAUAAGCGUUGAGGGCAUUUUAGAAAGCCGUAAUUAUAUUUAUAAUAAAAUAAUUUUGUGCAAACACUCAUUUACUUUUCACACAAAAUUAAUUGUUCCAAUAAAAGGUUAAUAAAGGAAUAUAGUACACAUGAUAAGUUAAUAAAUGUCUUCAAGUCGGAAUGUCUUCCUAGACUCGAUUAAGCGAUAGUUUAUUGUUUUUUGUCGCUAUAAUAAAAUAUUUCAGAUUCUCAAAUGCGUAGGUUUUCAUAUUCAAUAAAACGCUUAACAGUCUUAAAAUAAUGACCGACUAAAGGUAGCUUGAUUGAUCAUUUCAAUGUUUUCGGCCGUUCAAGUAUUACGUAAGCCCUAGGGGUGAGUCUUUGAUUUUCUUAUUUCGUGAUUACGUCAACAGUGAUUAUUUACUUUUGUGCUUAUAUUAACCACACAUUGUCUAUGCUUGAAAACGAAAUGCAUUUUCGAGGAUUCCUACAAUAUGUUUAUACGUUUAUGUACUAUAAUUUUUCUGACAAGAUUAUAUAAAUUGCAGUAAAUCUGCUUACGUAAUACAUGAACGGCCUCCUUUUAAUAACGUGUGAAAAUUAUUAAUCAAGUUCACCUUAAAGUUAUCCGUCUACAAGACUAUAGAGUAACGGGCGCUCUUGGUAACCAUACAAUUUGAAUGCCCUUUUACAAUGCAUACGAUUCUGGUGUUUUAAACUUAAUAUACUUAAUUUUGUUAUUUUGUAAAACAACGUUAUCGUUUGUAUUAAAAUAUACAAUUUUUGCAUUAUUUAAGCCAAAAUAAGGUGGCAUUUAAUUUCAGUUGAAAUUAUAUUUACCUUUUACUCAAAAAUAUUGUUAGCCUAAUGGUUUAGUGUGCAACUUUUAACCCUGGGGUCCCCGAUAUAUAAUUGUUUAUAUGCGCAAAGGGAACUAUCGUGAGGAACGUCUUGGACAUAUGUCGACAUGGUCAGGCACAGAAGGCUGAUAAAACAAAAGUUAUAAAAACAUGUUAUCUGAGGCUGAGACCCAAAGUUAUAACGCCACUGGAUUAUUAUUUAGCAAAGCAUUUAUUACUAGCAAAUAAUGAGUUAUUUGUCCGUAAAUACAAUGACAACUUUGUUUUACAAAUUUGGUGUUAGUUUAUGUAAAGGAAUUUCAAUAAUAAUUUUAAAGUUUAUGUAAUGACAAUAAUCGCUGAGGUAUAUAGUUGUACUUAGAAUUAUUUUAACAAUUGACUUAAAAUGAAAGACAUUAUGUAUCAUUUAGAUGUUAUAUUGAUCGUAUAGUACGUGAUCUGUUAUUAUAACGAGGUAUUUAAAAGGGGACACAAAAUGUCGUGUAACUAAAUCUGGUAAAGUGCCCUAAAUAGGGUAUAAAGCAAACUUCUCGAAAAUUGUAUUCGAUUUUGCAUACUAAUUGCACGAAUAAAAUAUAUGUGGGAAUCACUAUGCGUGAGCAUGUCACUAUAAAUCAACAACACGGUCUGAACACAAACGCACUGUUUGGUCUUUGAUGACGUAUCAUGUCGGGUGUACCUACAAUCAUAAUCAAACGGAAUUCUCCGUACUGAGUGGAACCGUACACAGGAGUGGAACUGUACACAUCUUGUGUACAGUUCCACUCGGAAUGUCCUGUCAGCUGUCAGCUAUAGUAAUAUUGGUUAAUAACUAACUCCUGUUUAUCAAUGUUUCUAACGCAACGUAAGGGAGACUAUUUAUCUUAUUAGUUUACAAACUUAGAAUUUUUAAAGCAAUUGCUAACUAAAGGAUGAUCUGUGGAACAGAUACAGAAAUGUGACUGUCUCAUGGAGAUUCAAAGAACUUUUAUUGAGCAUUUAGUAGGGCACACAUAACAGCCUGUCGGGUCAGCAAAAAAUAACGUUCAGAAAAAAUAAGUCAUAUUCUACAUUAAGAAACAAUUUAACAGAGAGAGUCAAAUAAGUAUUUUAGAAUAUCGUUAAUUAAGUUUUUAUGAAUAGGGUUAGGUGAAUACAUUACCCAAGGAUCUUUCAUACUUCGGUACUUAAUUUAUUAUUUACAUCAAUAUAUACAAUUGUCUUAAAAUAUAGAAUGUUAUUACAAGUGCUAUAUUAUAAUUUAUAUAUAUAUAUACAGUGUAAACUGUAUUAUUAUACGUAUAACUAUCGAUUUUAGGGAGAACGUCAUAAACGUAAAAUGUAAUUUACUGUGUAUGCUUUUUAAAAUAAUUAUUAAUAUUUAGUUCAAGUUAAUUAAUUAUCACGGCUUUGGCGGUGAUAUGUUAUUUUAAGCUAAUUGUAUACUUAAAUUAGCAAAAAUAAUUCUUUAUUAAUAUUAUCAGCUAUAUACGCACGUUAACGAUGGUCGACUCAAAUGAAGUUUGGUAGUCUGUUCAUCUAAUUUAGUCAAAUCGUACGGUUAGAACUAAAGAACUGACGUCUUUUGACAGCUUAAGCACAAACAAAAAGAUAAGUACUGUAGAUGAAACAGUACUUAGUUUUUGUAAAAAAAUAUGGUUUAGUUUAAAUUACAUAUACUUUACUCGUUUAUUACGAAUACAUCACUACAAAUAUAUUUUAAAUAUAUUACUGUAAGUUUAUUUUAAAAUUUUAAUUAUUGUUCGGAUGACACUGAUUGAUCCAAGAAUGAUUAAUAUGUUUUUAAAUUUCCAAACGCUUUCAGCUUUUUAAUAAAAAGCUUAAUGAAAUGCACAAUUUGUUUUCUAUCGCACAAUUAACAUAUUAUUCUUAUGAGUUAUAUUAUAUCUAAUUUAACGAUGCUCGGUUUUGAAUUUUUAUGUUAAUAUAGACAUUAAUGUACUAGAUAAUUCAAACGUCAUACAAUUGGUGCAUAUAGUCUUAGAUAUAUACAUGUAACAAGAGCCUGUUAAAAAUGGAUGGACUCCUCAGUUCUAUUGCUUAGGAUACCCGUCAAAUGUCGCCUGUUUUAUCAAAUUUUUUGAUCAAAUAUAAUAUAAGCACGCAAAUAAGUUAAAGUAUCAGUUUAAAUUUAAUUUAGACGAUGGUCCACUGCCACUGAGAACGUCAAUAGGUUAAUUAAUGAAUUUAUAAUGACAUUGUUGUUAAUUUAUUAAAGAAACUGUAGAUCAGAAUUUAAUGUUAAACAAAAGACAUAUAUUAUAUUACGUGGUUCUGGUACUAUCUCUAAAUCUCGUCACUAAAUAAAUUUAACUUUUUGCUGCCAAAAAAUGUGGCUAGAAAACGUAUACCAUUUUAUUAUUCUCGCUUUGUGUGUCUCAAUAGUUUUUCAUUGAAAUAAGUAAGCGGUGUCGCAAUUCAUUGAUGUUAUUAAUAUAAAAGAGAUGAAUAUUUUAAUAGGUAAUUUUAAUCGUAUCAAUCGUUAGAUGUUCGUGAUAAAUUUUAUGAAAUUCUGGAUGUUUAAAGUAAUUUUCUGACGUUCAACACUUCUUCACAUAUAUUUGAACACGACACUUUAAAUAUUCAUCACUUAAAAUUAUUAGAUGUGAACUUUUAUCCUAGUAAUUAUGUAUAGAUUUCCUUCAAUUUCUCUACUAUACGUACUUGAGACCUUAUGACUUAAUUGUAGUAGUUUGAUUCUAAAAAAAAUAUACAAAAACUUCUCAAGUUCAUGAUAUCGUGACUAUCAAUGUUUACAUAGUCUUUGCUCAAACAUAAAUUAUUUAAUUUCCCUUAAUUUGGGCAGAGGAAAUUCUGACAUGUUCCUUCCAGAUUUGAAAUCUACCAAUUUUUAUUUGAAAUAUGUUGAAUAACGUAUUGAGUAUACAUCUGAAACAUAUAUUUAAUCGCUCACGAUCCCAAGUUUUAUUAAUUAACCAAAUCUAGGAAAAUUUAUCCAGAACAUUCGAAAUUAAUAAAAAAAUCUUAAUAAUUUUAUAAAUGAUUUUGUUGUCGAUUAAUUUUAUUGUCUUCCAGUAAAAUAAGACGUAGACAAUUAACACGAAGUAUUAUUGGCCUUAUGAAAAUAGCAAAUUGAGAUUAAUUAUUUAACCUCCGUUAGUUUUAGCUACGUAGGUUAGGCUAAAAACCGUGUGUAUUCAGUUUCGUAUUGUAUUUAAUAUAGUAUGCUUAAUUCCCAGUUUCUAUUUUAGACUGGGUUGAUUGAAUUACUGGACCAGACAUGUUCGAAGACGUCUAACACAGUUAUUGGGUUGUACUCCGCUGCGCUAUUUGUUAUAUGGCUAGUUAUAUCUUACACCUAGAUAGAUUGUUUUAUUCUCCACCUUAUACCCCCUAUAACUUGUAUAUAAGAUAGGCUAUCGACCUGUGUAUUAACCGUAGUAGGUUAUCAAGCCCCUUUCACAAAUCUGUCGAAAAUCUAGUCUUGAGAAGCGGUUAAUCAAGCUAACCGCUAAAUUUUCUUUCUAAAGGUACCUUAAACUCAGGGUGCUUGAUGAUGUGCAGUACAAUUGUUGUAAUUUAAAGAGUUUAAAAAUACCAAAGUUGCUUUUAAGUGAAUGUUCCAUGAUUGAUAAGCUUUUGAUUUAACAAUUGUUGAAUUACAUUUACUUAAAGCUAAUUAUGGUUUUACGAGCGAUACCGUGCUAAGGAAACUUAUUCUAUAAUAUAUAACAUGUUUGUGUUUAAAACAUAUCAUUUGUUUUCAUAAUUAAACUAAUGCACCUAUACUUGCUAUAGCACCCUGUUUUGGAUGUUUACCUUGUUUUGUGUCGAGUCAAAAAUAAUACAUAUUUCGGCUCAAACUGCUCCUGUAAUAUACUUAUUGCUCUUAAUAUAUUCUCAAUAUUUCAGGAUUAUUGUUCCGGUAGACGAUUUAUCAUUUCAAAAUAUACCUGUUCUGAUACCGUUUAGAUGUAAAGUUAUUGUAUCUAUUUAUUAAAUCUUUCUU